AUGGGUCAAUUGAGUAAGCAAGCACUUGAGAGGCCUCCUACUACCUUACCCAGUGAUAUAGUGCCUAAUCCAAAGGAAGAGUACAAGGCCAUACAUUUGAGAAGUGGUAAGGUAACAGGUUCAGAAGCAAAAGUUAGUGAGGAGUCGGUUAAAAAAGAAGCUCUGGAGGAGGCUAAGAGCCAAGAAGAACACUCCCUUCCAAGGCAUCCGGAUAACCCUUUUCUAGUUGAUAUUUUGCAAUAUUCGGCAAAGCCUAAAGCACCUAAGUACAAGCCUAAGAUGCUAUAUCCUCAAAGACUUCAGAAGGCCUCCAAAGACAAGCAGUUUUCUAGAUUUUUAGAGGUUUUCAAGAAGCUACAAAUCAACAUUUCUUUUGCAGAGGCCCUUGAGCAAAUGCCUCUUUAUGCUAAGUUUAUGAAGGAGUUGUUGACCAACAAGAGGAAUUGGAAGGAGAGUGAAACCAUGAGGGAACUAUGUGAUCUUGGAGCUAGCUUCAAUUUCAUCCCACUUUCCUUGAUGAGAAAGCUCCAAAUUGAUGAGGUAAAAUCCACUCGUAUUUCUCUUCAACUUGCUGAUCGUUCAAUUAAGUUUCCUUUGGGAGUUGUUGAGAAUUUAGUUGUGAAAGUAGGACUAUUUAUUUUUCCUGCCCUUAUUGAUGUGCAAAAUGGUGAAUUGACUUUAAGGGUCAAUGAAGAAGAAGUUGUCCUUAAUGUGCUUAAGGCUCUAUAA